AUGCCAUCCACUGGCCGGAGUAUGCUUGAACAUAAGGGCGAAAAAGUGUCAAGCCCUGACUUCAUAACAGAUGGAUACAAACUAUUCCAAAAUUUUCCUCUUCUUCCACUAUUCCUUGAACUGGUUGAUCUAAAAGGUGGUGAUAAAUUUUCUGUUACUUUUUUAACAAAAUUUGGGAAGUGGAUGAUGUCCAACUCGAAUUGUCAGGUUGACUUGAUUCUCUCAAAAAAGACAUUUUCUCAUCUGGAGCACAGUAUUGUGCAUCUGCUUCAGUGUUUGCCAACUAAUUCAGUAGAUCUUACAUUAAUUUUAGCUAAAUUUGACUCAACUACUUUGUACCAGUGUCCUGCUGCAUUAAAUUCUAUUUGCGCUCGUUUUGCACCAUUUCAGGAUUGCGUUAAUUAG